UGUACGUCAUGUCUGAUCCCAAUCACUGAUCAACACUUUCUACUAAUGAAUGAACAAAGCUGGCAUUAUGAUUGCCUCCGUUGCUGUGUGUGCCAUUGCUUACUGAAUGCUACUUCAACAUGUUACUUUAAAAAUGGAAUGAUAUUUUGUCGAAACGAUUAUUUUAGUAGGUAUGGUAAACGUUGUGAACGUUGCACCUCUGUUUUAUGCCGCGAAGAUAUGGUAAUGAAAGCAAAUGAUGCCAUUUUUCACGUGAGCUGCUUUACGUGUUGCAUUUGUGCAGUACCACUUCGACCGGGUGAAUUAUUCAUGAUGGGCUGUAAUGGAACAUUGUACUGUCAUUCCACAGAAUUUCCAGUAAUUGUCAUGAAAGACGGAUAUCGCAAGUGGUCGCAAGCAAAGGAUGACAUUGAAACUGCUACUGAUAAAGAAGCAUUAAAUACAACAAAUAAAUCAAAACGAAUGCGAACAAGUUUCAAGCAUCAUCAGUUAAGGACCAUGAAGAGUUACUUCAACUUGAAUCAUAAUCCAGAUGCGAAGGACCUGAAACAGUUAGCACAGAGAACUGGCCUUACCAAGAGAGUUUUACAGAAAACGCCAGAAAUCUCUAAUGUUGUAUUUUAUAACAUUUAUGCUCUCACACAUAUAUAUAUAUAUAUAUAUAUUUCAAAGUUAUAG